UGACCCCCGCUGGCCAGAAUUGAGGCUGCGUGUUAUGACGUAUUUCCGCUUCCGCUGUAAACAUCAAAGCCAACAUCGCGACCUUCUCAAUCAAAUAGCAUCAAAUUAGCUUUAACUGAGUCUCAACUCUCACGAUGAGUGACCCGAGCAGCGACGCGGCUUCAAUUCGUUACUACUGCACCGCCGGUAACGGGAUGGAGUCUUUUUUAAUUGACGAGGUGAAGACGAAGCUGGCGGCUGAAAAUGUGCAUCACAUGCCAGGCAAAGUGCUGUUCAGUUCGUCUGCAAGGAUCAACAAGGUGACUGAGCUAAAGAGCGCGGAGCGACUCUUCCUCCUGUUGAAACAAGACUCACCUGUGCGGAUCCCUGCUCACAUCAGUCCAGCAAAGGCAGUGUCUGUUCUGCAGUCCAGACUGCUGGCUGACAGGAAUGAAUGGACCAGUGCUGUAAUGACAUGGAGCCGCCUGCAGAUGGAGCUAUCCAGCAAAAGGAACACUAGCAUCACUUCAAGCCCUGACUUAGGAGUGAUGAGGAAGAGAGAGAAGGAAAGAUGGAGUCCAGAAGAGAAAGACAAGAGAGGGUUUGAGGGAAUACGUGCAGAUAGAAAGUGGGAGGAAGAACAACCGACAUUGGAGAAAAAGAGAAAAAGGUAUGAUGAAGAAGAGGAGGCGGAGGGCGCAACUUCACAUUCAAAUCAUGGGAAGAAUGUGGAGAAAGAUACGGCAUCUGAGACAUCAAAGCGCAAGGAAGAAGAGCAGAUGGGAAAGUUUAUCAGGUUUACUGGAGCAAUAUCAAAAGUAGACUUCAAUGGAGGAUCAGCACCAGCUGACCACAGCAUGCAGAGCGGCAGCAGCACAGAUGACUGUGUUGUACAAAGGGUGGAAAGGGUAAAGACUCCCGGAAGAGAAGAGAAGACGCUAUCACAAAGCAGCAGCACCGAACCAGAGCCAUCUUCCUGUUUCCCUGUCUCAUUUAGAAUUAGCUGCAAGUGCACUGGAUCUCUGUCCCGAGUGUUCAGCGCUCAGGAGGUAGGCAGAGUGAUGGGUGUGGGUUUGGGCAGACUGUUGGGCUGGGAGGUUGAUCUGAAGAACCCACAGCUGGAGAUAAAUGUUUAUUUGACUGAUGACCACUGCCUUCUGGGGAUUCCACUGACCAAGAUGCCUCUGGCUAACCGCAGCUACAUUAAAACCACAGGACUGAGGUCCACAGUAGCCUGGGCUAUGACGUCCCUGGCCCAGAUACAGCCAGGUUUCUGUGUUGUGGAUCCAAUGUGUGGAACAGGAACCAUCUUAAUAGAAGCAGCACAGGAACACAAGACCGCCUUUUUCCUGGGUGUGGACAUUGAUGAUGGGCAGCUGCAAAAGGCCAAGACAAAUGUAGAGUAUGCUGAGCUGGGAAACAGGAUCCACCUGCUGAAAGCUUCAUCUGUAGUGCUGCCUCUGCCCAGUGCCAGUGUAGACGCUGUGGUCUGUGACCUGCCGUUUGGCAAGAAGUUUGGCACCAAAGCAAACAUGGCUGCCAGCCUGCCACUCAUUGUCACUGAGAUGGAGAGAGUCCUCUGUAUUGGUGGUACCCUGGUUCUCCUUCUAAGCCCUCAGUUGUCCUGCCUGCUUAGAAAACAUCUGGCAAGAGGCAACACUGAAUCGAUGUCCAACCAAAAGCCCGACUCACAGACUGGGAUGAAAGACCGUGCGCCUUCUCCUCCGUCUUCCACAACGCUGCUGACUUUCCAAAACCAGCAUGGGGUCAAAUCCUCAUCAACUCAAGAAAAAGACCCUCAUUCUGAGCUAAAACACAAGGUGCCUCCCCCUGUCUCCUCUCUGAGGCAUGAAGUAACUGUGAGAGUCAGCUUAGGUGUGAUAGACGGACUUAUCCAUAAGUAUGUCAAGGUAGAUGCCUGAUCUUUGUUGAUGGGGUUUAUAUAGAUAAAGUAUUGUCUUAUACUGUAUUGUCGCUUUGUUUUCAGCUUAGAAGCUUAAUAAAAUGUAUUUGGUCCAUAA